AAUUGCACAUUUGCUUAAAUAUAAAAUACAUUUUUGAUUAUUAAAUGUCCAGAACUAACAGGAAAGUCUUCGUCUGACACGUCUGUUAACUAAAGGUAAAUUGCUAGGUGGGUAACUGAGCUGAUAAGCCCCAGACCUCAGUUUCAAACCAUUAAAAACUCAGUAUAUGAUCUUGCUUUGAGUCGGCUUCACUCUGUUUAAACUAGCCGAUGUUUGUUUUGUACCUCCUUCCACAAUGCUCUCGAGCUCUUUCAGGGAUUCUGUCCGUUCACCGUCAUAAAACUUGUGCUGCUUUUCUUUUUCAACGCAACCUUGAAAGCUUCAGUGUCUAAUAUGUUGCCAUCUACGCUGCUUUUUGCACAUUUGAUUGAAAUGUGACAAGGAUUGCACUUAUGUUUUCCUCUCUUUGUGCAGCCUAAAUACCUGCUUUAUGUCACAGCUCUCUGCCGUGUCGUAAUGCAAAGGAAAAAGUCUGCUUUCAGGCGAGGAAAAGCUCGAUUAAAAGAGUUUGUUUUCAUGUGAUGAAGGUCUUGCAUUACAGGAGCUUUCUAGUUCAGAGAAUGCCAUUGUGGCAAGCAGUUUGUGUGAGUACACAAUCUAGCACUUGUUCCCUCUACCAGUUCGCAGAGCCUCUGGCACCCUCUCUUCUCCUUUCUAGCUGACUAGCAUUACCGCUGCUUCAAGCUGGACUGUCCACCCUGGAUUAGAGCUUUGCUGUAAUCUGGGACACUGCAGAUUAUGCUUUUCAUCUAAUGCGCCCCCACACAAUCACAUCGCAUGACCAGCCCACACAAAUGGGGUCGCGCUCAUGUCCUCCUCGAUUGACAGGCUGGGAAGUGAGGGAGGGCGGGAACUGGCGGCGGAACCCGAGAGUAUUGAAACAGGAGUACCGUGUGGUAUCGCAACAGCAGCUAGGCACACAAAAAUGACAGCGAUGGCGCUCACGGUCUGCAGGAUGGACUAAGAACUGACCUUUGGGAUUAUAGUGGAGAGGAAGUGGGAGGGUGUGUUUUUUGUGUGUCUGUGUGUGUGAGCCGGCUACAACAGCUGCUUGAGGGGACAGGUAACUUAUUAACAGCAAGACAGGAGCAAAGGGCUCACUACACCUUGGCCCAAAACAGAAACCGAUAUUUAGAAAUUGGCAUCACUGUAGUCACUCUCACCUUGUGACUACCUGAGGGCCGAUACAAAACCUCCUUCCUCCUGCAUGCACACACUUGGACACUCGAGUGUGUCUCCGCAUGUCUAGUAAAGAAGGAAACGGACACAAGCAGCACGCGCCUGGGUCACAUGCAAACAAUCAGCAAUAAGCACUCGGCUGGCUCUGCUUAGGUAGUGCUGGUAAAAAGGAGGUGGUAGUCGCUCCGGCCGGCGACACGCUGAGAGCUGUAAAGAAUAAAGCAUGGACCCUCUGGAGGAAUACCGCUCUCCGUUUGACUUUGAACAAGGAGUCAACACCAGCUAUCUCUACCUCUCCCCAGCCUUAAGCGACACACCGCCCAGCUCGCCAGCUGUCAAAACCAGAGGUUCCCAGGGCCAUCCGGACUCGGCCCCAGAGGUGGGAGAGGAUGCAGUGACGUCUGUUGGCGCUGCGUCCUCAACAACGCCCGACUUGACAGAGGAAGAGCGUCAGGAGCUGCAGGAGGAGCUGGCUAAGGUCGAAGAUGAGAUCCAGACUCUGUCCCAGGUGCUGGCAUCCAAAGACAAGCAGCUGGCUGAAAUUAAGAGGAAGCUGGGCAUCACUCCUCUUAAUGAGCUGAAACAGAACAUCACCAAAACCUGGCAGGAGGUCACUACCUCCACUGCCUAUAGGAGGACUUCUGAAACUCUGUCUCAGGCGAGUCUGAAGGCUACAGCAGCUUUCACAAAUAUGGGCUCAGCCAUCACCCGGAAGCUCGAGGAUGUCAGCGUAAAGUCAUUGCAGCACUCAGCUAGCAUGCCCGUCAUGAGAAACGCACCAACCUUCAGGUCGUUUGAGGAGAAAGUAGAGACUCUGAAGACCAAGAUGACCCCAUCACCAUCCACCAGUGAGACCGGCAUCCAGGACGGCGGGGAUUCUCCAACCGCUGAGGCUUCGCUCAAUCAGCCAGACAACUCGCCCUCCCAGGAGGAGCCGAUGCACUGAGAGGGCCUAACCACUCUUGAGCUCUCUCUGUCGACCCUCUAACCCCCCGGGCCGUCCACACUCUCCCCCUAAACGCUGCGUGCCAGUUUCCCUUUAUUGGAAACCAGUGACUCCCUCCCCCCCACACUCCCAGCCUUCCUUGUGAUCUAAUUGUCGGAUCUUUUCUCAUGACACGUGCUCUCACUUGUUAACCACCGCGGAAAGUGAAAGCAUGGGAUGGGUGCAGGCAUGUGGUCUUUUGCUGUGUAUCUUCGAGUCUCUUCAGGCUCACUGUGGGAGAAAUCCUCCCUGCUGUGCCACUUUUCCUCUUCCCCUUCAUCUUCUCCCUCUCGCACUCCUCAUGCCUCUGCCUAACCUGCCAAACAUGCUCCAAUUUAUCUUUUUUUUUUCUGUAGAAACGUAACAGUUUUUGUGUUGUUGUGUUGUUGUUUUUUUUCUUUUCUGGAGAGUAGAAAAUUGCACAAAGUUUUCACUCGUUUAUGAAGGAUUUACACAUUGGUAUGUGACCCAGGCAGUUGUGGGCUCCUAGCUUCUGCAUGGCCCUGUGUUAUGUGUUAGUUGUUGUUAUUAUUAGAAGCACUCGUUUGCUCCGCUUCCAUUUCGGGGUCUUUUUAAGUUUACCUUGUUUUGGGCUUCUUUUUUUUUUUUCCUUUAAUUUUUCUUACAGCACGAUUGCAAAGUAAUUUAACACUGUGUUCAAAGAACAAAUGUAAAAAUGUAUGCCUUUCAGUGUCAUAGGGGUGCGACACCUGGUGCGAGUACUGUGGGUUAAAUUAGUCAGUUUUUCCCAAGUGCAAACACCGACUCGAAAAUAGGAAUUUCAGAGCACAGGAUGGGGGUGAAACACACACACACACACAAAAAUUCCCCCCUUUCUUUGCCUUUGUGAUGAUGUUGUCAGAGAACGAUCUCCACGCUCAGAUAGUUACAGGAAAACUGCCAAGAUCAGCGGAACAGAGAUAGAGCAAACACAGCGUCAAGGUUCAGCCUUGACCCGAGGUGAAAGAGGGAAAAAAAGAGCCAGAGUCAAUAUUUAAACACUUCAUUGUUCCUGCGUGGGAGGUAACACCUAAACCUCCCCACACUGUGCGUGAUAAAAGGCCUAGCAAGAGGAUACUUCACUGAUAUGAAAUAAUAUUGUAACAGAGAAGGUUUCCCUCCCUAUUUUGAAUAAGCUCAACAGGCUUUUUCCUGCUUUUUGGGGGGAAGUUGCAUAAAUAAUUGAAAUUCUGGUGGUAGAGUUUUGGCAGACUGCACAGGUACAUACAGUAUUGGGUAAAACAAAUAAAUGCUGCUUUCAGAGAUCAAUCACCAUUUCUGAGUGUUGAAGGUAAACUUAGUGGUGCAUCUUCAGUGACCACUGUUUUCAGCUCACUAUUGAUCCUGCACAUCCUAGAAACUAUUGAACUGCUGAACAAUGAAUGAAUCGAGUUGCGUGCUACCCACGGGUGACGAUGGAGGCUCAAUGAACCUCGAAGGGCGAACAGAGCCAGGGUGGAGUCAGCCAGGGCUUCCUCUGAGACGUGAGCGUAACUAAACUACUGAUUUGUAACCCUUCCCCUCUUCUGGAUGCACGACCAACCUUGUGCAAGUCUUCUCCUGCUGGUGGUCCAAUCGUGCGUGUGAUUCAGCUCGCCCUUCGCCGUUAACAUCGCCAUGCAGACCAAGGGUCGGGAACACUGCUAUCCAGCCAUGAGCAAAUUUGUUGCAGCCUUUUAUCUGAGGCGCUUUUAUUUGGAGUCGUUUACUCAACACACACACAAACACAUUUGUUCAUGAAUGGAACUAUGGAGACAAGAAAUGCACUCUAAUUAAAAGACUUUUGAAGUAA